UUUCUAGUUGUUAACAACAUUUUUUGGUUGGUUAUUAAUUAAGUUGUGUGUGAUAUAUAAACAUACUAAACACUUAGAUUGAUAAACAGACAUAAUAUAUAUGUAUUGUUUUUUAUACUUGAUUUAUUCAAUAACACAAAUACUGAAUGAUUUAAUGAUAUCAUUAUUCAUAUAUCCGCUAAUAUAUUAGACAUGAAACAUGAAUACGGAAAUGGUAUUGAACUAAGUCAUACCGAUUAUCGAUCAUAUCGACAUUUCGAGUUACAAAAUGGUAUGAAAGUAAUGAUUAUUUCUACUUGCAAUGACAUUGAGGAUAAUCAUUUUAUAUCAGAUACUUUGUCAGCUGCAGCCAUCUGCAUCAAUGUUGGUUCAUUUUCCGAUCCACAUGAAGCUCAAGGUCUUUCUCAUCUGUUAGAACAUAUGUUAUUUCAUAGUGAUAUAAUUAAUCAUGAAAUGAAAACAUUUCAUAAUUAUUUACAAGAAUAUAAUGGUUAUUGGGAUUCUAAAACAUCAAAUGAACAUACACUAUUCUACUUUAGUAUAACAGAAAAAUAUUUUAAUGAAGCAUUAUAUUUAUUUGCUUUACAUUUUAUUAAUCCUACAUUAAAAUUAGAUGGAAUGAGAAAAUCAAUUGAGAAAAUUGAUAUGGAAUUUCAAAAAGUGAAAACAAGAGAUUAUGCAAAACUACGCGGAUUCAUUUCAAGUUUAGCUGUCAAAGGAUCUCCAUAUCGAUUAUUUAGUCGAGGAAAUAAACAGUCAUUGAUUACUGAGCCAGAGAAGAAUAAUAUCGAUGUAUAUGGCUUAUUAAAAAAACAUUGGACCACAUUAUAUUCAGCACAUAGAAUGACGUUGGUUGUGCAAUCGAAAGAUUCUUUGAACAAAAUGGAGAAAAUUGUCCGAGAGAAUUUCUCUAAUAUACCUGCAAAUCGAUCAGUGAAAAUAGAUUUGACAAGAUAUAGAAACAGUUUUGAUUCACCAGAAUUCUUAAAAUUAUACCAUGUUGAUAGUACUCGAAAUAAGGAACAAUUACGUAUGGUUUGGGCUGUACCAAGUGUUUGUACAUUGUAUGAAUCAAAUCCAGUUGCCGUGCUUGCAUAUUUUCUAAGUGAUAAACAUCCAUAUGGUCUUGAAAAUUACCUUAAAAAUAAUCAUUUAGCAACAGAAGUAAAAUGUGAAUUUUCUGCAAUGUCCGAUUUCGAUAAUUCAACAAUUUGUGCUUUGAUUACCAUUUGUAUUGAUUUAAAUGGAACACGUCCUGAUCUAUUCAAAAUUACAAAAAUUGUUUAUGAAUAUUUACGAUUUUUAUCAAAUAAAGCAAAUGAUGCAUGUAUAAAUAAAAACUCAGAAGAGUAUAUUCAUAAUACUACUAAUACUACUACUACUAAUCAUAAUAAUAGUAAUAAUGCUGGUAAUAUUAAAUCAACAUUUGAUUCAUGUGUAAGAGAUUUUCAAUUAACUCAAAAAGAAACAUUUCAAUGUCGUACAAUAUUUGGACCACAAGAAACUGUUAUAUGGAUUGCUACAAUGUUACAUCAUACAUUACCACAAGAUGUACAUUCAGCAUAUUUAAUUAUUAAAACACUUGAUAUUCAGGUAUAUUCAGACCUUUUGGAUACUUUAUCAAAACAACAAGCUUGUUUAAUUCACAGUUUAAAGUUAAAUCCUACGAUACAUAAAAAUAUUCAUAUUGAAAAAUGGUACAAUUUACAAUAUACACAAGAAGAAGUCUCCACUAAACAAAUAGGCUGUUUGAAUAAUCUCCAUGGAACAGUUCCAUUCUCACUUCCAUUAAAAGUAAAUGGGAAUGUGCAUGAAUACUUGACUUUAUCAUCAGAAAACGAUAUACAAACACCUAUCAAUCUAACAAAAGAAUUUAAAGGAACUGUCUUUGAAGAUUAUGGAUCUCUAUGGUAUCAACAACUGAAUAAUCAUCUUAAAAAUGAAGCUUACAUUUAUACACAAAUUUCAACGGGAAUGGUACUCAACUGCCCUUCAAAAGCAUGUUUAUCUCGCUUAUUACAGUUGAGCAUCAAACUUCGAUCCUCCAAUUGUGAAUUAUUAACAAUGGAAUCUAGAAUGAAAAGUUCAGUGAAUACAAAUGUAAAUGGACCGGAAUUUAUUAUUAAAGGACCAUGUGAAAAGAUUUCGAAUUACUAUAAAGAAUUUUUAAAAAGUGUAAAUGAUGAUAUAACUAAAGAACAUUUUAUAAAAUGUAAAAAAUUAUUAAUUGAACAAUUAAAUAAUCAAUUAUCUGAUCCAAAUUUAGUUGCUAAUAAUAUAAAUUCAUGUUUAUGGUAUCCAAAUGAAUAUACUGCCAGUAGUUUAUUAAAUUCAUUAGAAUACAUUACAAUAGCUGACUUAAUGGCAUUUCAAACUAAAUAUUUUUAUCAAAUGGAAAUUAUCAUGUAUAUUGUUGGUGAUGUAACAUGUGAUCUGGCAAAGGAUUUAUUUACCUACACAAUAGGUUUCUUCAAGUGUCACCCAAAACCUAAAGGGAGUAAACACAUUGAGUAUAUAUCAAUUCAACCUGGCAUUUAUUAUCAUUCUGUACCGAAUAUAUCAAAUAAUGAAAAGUUUCAUCAAAUUAUUCAAUUUGAACGAAUUGAACAAGCUUCAUCAGUAGAUGAAUUUUAUUGUCAAAUAAUAACGGAAUUACUGAAAUCACAUGCAAAGCAAUACUUUCAACAUUAUGAAUCAGUGAAUGGUCCAGUUUCAUUAGAUUUCUAUAAGUUUGCAUCGAAUUCAUCUAAUCUAACAAUUGGGACACGUUUAUCUCUGAAUAGUCAAUUAAAUAAACAUGAUGAAGAUUAUCAUAUAAAUUGUAUUCAAGUAUUUUGGAAUGAAAUUGCACCACGUGUUAUUGCUUGUAUUGAUAAUAAUAAUCUUGAACAAAUUUGCAAUACAAUAAUAUCAAGUGACUUAGUCAAAAAUAAUAAUCUCGAAUUAAUAUCUCAAUUUUACUGGGAUAAAAUUAAAACAAAUUUGUUAGAUGGAGGAAUAAGUAGAAAGAAUAUGCUAAAAAGAGAAAUGAACCGAGAGAAAUUACUAGAAUAUUUUCAUAAAACCUAUUUAAAUCCUACGAAGAAAAUUACCAUAUUUAUUGAUUUUAGGAAUAUAGAAUCUAAUGAAUUCAUUGAAUCAUUGAAUAUUACUAAAAUAAAUGGAACAAAUUUUAAUCCCAACUUAAAUUCUUAUCUAAAAGAUGAAGAUCUCAUGAAUACAUCCUAUGAAUUUUCUAGACAAACAUCAAAUGAUUUAAGAACAAUACAAAUGAUUAAAACAAUAAAACAUAUUGAAUCAUUUCGAACGGAGAUUAAUAAUUAGGCUAAAUAUCUUUUACAUAAAUAAAAUCAGCGAACUAUUCAUAAACAUUGAUCAAUUGAACUGGGUUUUUUCCAUUGUUCAAUUAUUCCUUUUCAUUUAAAAGAACAAAUGGAAUUUGUCAAUUUUCAUUAUUCAUUAUUGACAGUUAAACAAAAUGACUUUUUUGUGUGCGGGCGCGCGAGUAUGCCUGCGUACGUAUGUGUGUAUGUGUGUGUGCGGGUAACUUUUACAUAUAAUUUAAAAUGAGAACAAUAAUUAAAGCUUUACAAUCGUUAUUGUUUUCACAAUAAAGAGAAAUUUAGCUCUUAACAA